AGAGCUUAGACACUAAACAGCACAUAAUGGAUUUCCACACUGCCAGCGAAAAAGCCAAAGCUUUCACCAAGAAGCCAACCGAUGCCGAAUUCUUGGAAUUCUACGGUUUGUACAAGCAAGCUACUGUCGGCGAUGUGAACAUUCCAGCUCCCGGCGCUCUGGACCUGAAGGCCAAGGCCAAAUUUGAUGCGUGGAGCAAGCACAAGGGUCUGUCGGCAGAUGACGCGAAAGCGGCCUACAUUGCUGUCUACCAGAAGUACGCGCCCAAAUAUGCUUGAGCGGGAAAAUAAAUUUGUUCAAUGACAUUGAACUAUUGAGUGGACAUAACAAAUGCUUUUGUAAUUCAUUAUAGUGCGUGGAACGUGAAAAUAAAUUAUUUUACCAGUUUAAAUGGGUGUGUGUUUUUAUUCAACCUGAUUAAUUGCAGAAUUGGUGUAAUAUGAAAAAGUUUAUAAGAAAACUUUAAUCAAGGCAUGUUUUAAUCCCUAACAUGAUUUCGCCUGGAAGUUGAAAAUCUUACUGUACAGUAGUAUUUUUU